AUGCAUCUAGAUCCCUCCGUCUCUGCCGCCUCUUCGGCGUCUUCCCCGUCCUUCCAUCUCAAGGACGCGCGCAACCUGCGUGACAAUUCACGCCGCGCCCCGGAGCUGUUCUUGUCUUCCCCCUCCUCAAGGGAAUCGAGCCCAUCGGAUAUUGGCUCUCCCUCCCAGCAAUUUUCCCCGAGUAUCACUCUCGAUCCCCCGCCUUUGCCGUUCUUCUCGACAAGUCGCCGGCCCGUGGAAUCUUUGACUGCCUCUCCCGAGAACACCAGAGCCGAAAGCAGUGUCUACUAUACCACGGCCUGGGGGUCUCCGUAUGCCGCACCCAGUACACGUCGCCUUUCUCUGACUCUGAGCCAAUUCGCCGGUAUCGACCACGGAUCCGAGGCUAGCUCGCCCGCCCCUUCGGUCGCAAUCCCAGAGCUUCGCCGAACAAGCGUCGCAGUCAAUUCAGCCGAUCUUGACGAUCCAGCGGAAGAAGGAGGAGGCAAAUCGAUCCGGGAUUUCACCCAAGAUUGGAUUAAUCAGUAUCUCUCCGGUCAGCCGAGAACCGAGCGCAGCAACUGGUUGAGCGACGACUCUGGAAGCGAGGCGCCCUCGUUUUUCACCGCGAAGAAUCACCUUGCCGACGACCUUUCGGACGACUGGCUUGGUCUGGAGGAUAAUACGCGUGAUAACGACCUCCUGAAAACACCGACCCUAUCCGAUUUCGUGGGUCGAAGAGCUGCUGCUCGUACCAAAGGGAAGAAAACCGUGCACAAGCGCACCGACACUUUGCGCCAGGAAGAUUUUUGGGGUUUUGCAUACGAUAAAGAACCGUCUAAAAACAUCAUGUCGGAUACCAAGGAAUCUCAUCCUCCCGGCGAGGUGAUAUUUGAUGCCGAAUCGCCGACAGAGAAGCCCCUGCCGCCUCCUCCGUCAAGUAGCGUGGAGGUAGAGGAGAAUACAAAGACUGGCAUUUUAGAGGAGUUAAAACCUGAAGCCGUGAAUCGAUCGGCGGCUCAGACUCCCAGGAGAAGAAAGAAGCUUAAUUGGCGCGGGAAAGCAUGUAUCAUUGAGCUGCCUGCGGAUGAUAGACGUGGUACAGAGCAAUCCGGUAUCCACCUUUUGACCCCCGCCGAUGUCGAAGCUCGGAUGAAGAAGUGGGAGGAGGAUGGAUACGACACCCGCGGUUUCACCGUUGGUGAUUCGGUCGAUGAAUCUCAACCCGCUGUGCUUGGUGGUCUCAGCCGCGCCUUGUUCCCGGACCCAGCUGAGUUGUGGGAAGAAACUAGGGGCCAAAAGGCUCAUAUCCAAUUCCCUGACAAGGCCGUGUGGGAUGACUAUGUGAAUGAGCUUCAAGAGGCAAAGCUACGAGCUCUGGGUGUUGACUUUGGUCAGCCCGAGCCCCAGCCCUCUAUUUCACCAUCAAUCAAUGCUUCUCAAACGCCAUUCCCCGGCCUCGCAUCGCCACCUAUUCCAACCGCUUCGGCAGCGAGCAACCCUCUCGGUGGCAUUCAUCCAUUCUCCCCGCACUUUGGCCAGUCUACUGCAACUACGAGUGGUGGCAUUGGCUCCCUGGCAUCACCAGCUUCGCAAUUCAGCGUCCAGACCCCAUACAUGGGUAUGGACCAGAAUAUGAUGCCUGGAUUCCCCUUCCAAUUCCAGCCCACGCCCCCUGCACAAGGUACCAUGACCCCUCAAAGCUUGAUCAACCUCCGCCAAGCUAGCGGAUCUGGUGUCCCUGGAGCGCUCCACAACUUCAACUCGAUCAUGUCACCCGUGUCGCCAUUUAACGACCAGGGCGGUUUCCAUGGUGGUGGAUUUGAAGGAAAGAAUGAGUUUGAUGAGCAGUUCGCGAAUAUGGGUCAUGAACAAGGACUCCCAUACCAGACUCCUCAAACCCCCGUCAAUGCUCCAGACCACUUCCAUGCAUCAAAUGUUGAGAUCGCACACCCCACUCCCCGUGGUCAUGGCCAUAACCUGAGCGAAACUCUACAAAGAGGACUGGAGCAGAUGAGCCACAAUAAUUAUCACAUGGACCAAUCUGUUGAUCAUCAAUUGGAGGAGAAUGACCACGAUGCUGCUCACCAUGCACUCAAUGCCAACAUGCUCAAGUCUCACUGGGGUAUGCCGGAGCAUGAGCAACAUCAGAUGCAUGACCAGCACUCAUUCUCCCAACAGCCACACCAAUUCUACCAUGAGCAAUUCGGCCAGGGCAACAACCACCAUGAAGGCUCCGACAUCGACACCAACCCCAGCCUUGCUGGAACGCCCCAUACCCGCGGAGUUCUGCCAGAUCACGGCGCGUGGCAUGAUUCCAAGCCAAGCCACGAGUCAUUUGGCCAUCAAUCUAAGCUUUCAAAUUCGUCUCUUAACAUGGAGGCCAAGGAAUUCGACCCAACCGCAUCCUUUGGAUCCCAGCCCGCGCCAUUUGUCAACAGCGCUUUCCAGUUUGGUGGUAUGAAUCAAGGCUUUGGCUUUGCUGCUCCUCCUGCUGCCCCUUUUGCUCCCAAUGGCAUGAUGGGCGAUCAUAUCGAGCACAACCCGGCUCCCAAGCCAAGUGCAUUUAAAUUCUCCGCGGCAUCUUUCAACGUCGACGCUCCUGUUUUCAAUCCCGGUGCUAGUAUCACCUCCAACGCUAGCUCGGAGCAUCCAGGUGCCAAUCGGACAAAGAUCUUCGGCGACAUCGACCUCAAUGAGAUCUCGAAACCUUCAAAGGAGUCUAAGGCGAUUCCAAUUGUCCGACCCGAUGAAUCUGAAGCUGUGAACGCCGACGAAGACCAGGCCACUGAUAAGGACGGUGAUCGACCAGUUCCUACUGAUCGUCAUAAGCGUGCUCGUCGCGGAAUCGGCCAUGCUGAUGGUGAAGCUCGCUAUAGCAUUUCCACUCACCCCUUGGGUGAGACUGGUAACGCUCAAGCGUCGACUAUGCUUCAUCCGGUUGCUGAGGGCAAGGAGAACGCUUCGCCGGACGAGAAAACUAUUGAACGCCGGGGCACACCCAACAGCGAAGCUGAGACCUGGACUUUGUUCGAUUACAAGACCGAAGGUGCAGCUGCCAGAUCCCACACUGCAUCUCCGAUCCAGGCUGAACACGCCGAGGAGAACGAGAAGAAUGUUAAGCAACCCCAGCGCAAGCGCUCUGCAGAUGGUCUUCAGGUUGACUUCAAGGCUUCCCAGCACGGUCCUUCCGAUUCUAAGAGCUCCGUGAAGAGCACCACGUUGUCGGCAACGGCCAAGCCUUUCGAGUUCAAGCCAGCUGUUCCCAAUUUCUUCCCUACGACUGUCAAGCCUUCCAGCUUUGCAGAGCCCGAACCCCAGCCAGAGCAGCCCAAGUCCGUUGAGAAGACGAAGUCAAGUGGUGGUCUUAUGGCUUCUCGCUUCGCUACUGCCAGCCCACCAAAGGCUCAACAAGCAGUCCCCGAGCCAGAGAAGACACCUGCCCGUCAAAUGCACAAGGGAUUCCACUCCGAUUCUGGCGAUGAAUCUCUCGACGACGAUGAGCUGAACGCUGUCAUGGAUCAACUCAAUGACGACUCUGACGUCGGUAUCAUGCGACAGACCACUCCCAUGCCACGCCAGCUGAUUUCGGACUCCGCCCCCACAAAGGAACGCCAGUUCGGUCCUGCAGAGGGCCGAACCGAAGCUCCUAGCCCCAGCCCUGGCGGUGGUCCAAAGACACAUAAGCUCGAUAUUCCCAAUAUCCAUUCGGAUGGCGACGACCAGAGCAACUUCACCUUCUCUCCCCCCGAAGAGCAUUGUCUCUCUGAUUGGGAUGACAUGAUCUCCUCUGGUGAGGAUGAGAAGUUCUUCAACCGCAACCGCUUCUUCGACCGCCGCAUUAACGACAUUGUUGGUUCCACACUCGAUGAUCGUCUUAGUCCCAUGGAGCGUGCUCUGGCUGUUAUUCAAACUUCCGUGGCUACCAUCGCCUCUGGAUCUGCUAGCCGAAGAGCAAUUCGCAGCGUCUCCGGCGAUGUGGAACACAGCGAUGCCGACGAUGAAGAUGACGAGGAAGAGCGCGAAGUCACUGUCCGUGACCGUUCGCCUCACCACAUGCGUGAUCGUAAGCUGGAGAUGCUGAAGAGUGUUGUCACAGAGGCCCUGCUCACUCAUGAGCUGCCCCACCGCAAUUUCCAACACUCCAGCCACAGUGAAAUAGCACUUCUGAAGGAGAGCAUCGCCGAGCUGCAAGCUUUGACUAUCAAGAAGCUUGCUCAAGAUCCCGUCGGUGACAUGCGGGAGAUCCUCGAGGAAACUCUUGCCAGACAGCUUGCCCAGCAGACCCCUCGUCUGUCCGAGGCCGAAGAGAUUGGUGCCGACAGUUUGAUGAUGCAAAUCGACGGGCUGAAGAGCAUGCUGCGUCUCGCUGAUGAACGCGCCGAGGCUGAGUACAGAGCUCGUCGCGAGGCGUCGGACUCUGUUCUUGAGCUCCAGCGUCUUCUCAAGGUUGCUGAAGAGGAUGCUGCUCAACACAGCGCUGCCGCCGAGGAUGCUGAGACCCGGUUCCUGCAAUUCAAGGAGGAGAAGAUUCCUCACUUGGAGAAGAUGCAGUUCCGCACCGAGUCUCUCAGCGAAGAGAGUGAGACUCUCAAGGUCACGAUUGCUGAGCUUUCUUCUAAGAACAUUGCUCUCGAGGGAACUCUGGACGAGUACCGUGUUUCUAGCGACCACUUCCGCCGUCAGCUUGAGACCACUAAGGAUGAGAACAAGUCUCUCCAUGAGACUGUUGAUCACUUGAGAACUCGCAUCGAGGACAGCAUGGUUGCUCGCCAGAACAUUACUGAGAAGUUUGAUCGUCUCCAGCAUGAUAUGGUCACCGUUACAUCCGAUGUUACGACUGAGCAGGCCAACUUCCGCAGAAAGGAGGAAGAGCAACUUGCCAAAUACAAUGAGCUUCGUGCAUCGCACGCUCGGGAACUUAAGCUGCGUCAACAGCUUGAGCAGGAGGUUAUCGAUCUUGCUAAGCAAGAGAGGGAAUCUGCAAAGAUCAAGUUUAUCCACGAGCAAUCACAACACGAGAAACUCAAGCUUGAGGAGACCGUCGCAGCUCUGCGCGCUGAAAACCACGACUUGCAGAUUAAGGCUGCUCGCUUCGAGCGCGAGUUCAAUGAAGCUCGUGAAAGUAGCCGUGUGGAAAUCCAGCGCACGCGUACUGCCAUGGAGGCUGAUAUCGAAGCUUCCAAUAGCCAAGUCAACAUUGUCCGAGCUGAACUUGAGGCCCAGGUCAUUCGUCUUCAGACCCAGCUAGACGGUGUCAACAUGGAUGCUGAUACCUCCCGCGAGCGCUACGAGAUGCUCUUGGAAGAAGCCAACGAGGUCAGGUUGACUUCUCUAGCUGCUGCCAAGGAGUCCCGGGAACUUGCACUUGACGACCAGCGCAAGACCCACGAGCGUGUUCUCAACGAUCUCCGCGAACGCCACGCCCGUGCUCUGCACAACUCCUCUGAAGAUCGUGCUCGCGGCGAGGCCCAUAAUACAGACCGCCUCGCUCUCGCCAACGAAAAGAACAAGCAUCUGCAAGAGCGUGUCCAACAUCUCGAAGAGAAGGUCGAAAUCGCCCAGUCCGCCGCUCGCCAUGCCGCAGCCGCCGCCAAAGGCAAAGCACCAACCCCGAUCCCAACAGCACCAGCCCCAAGGCACGCACACUCGCCCUCCAUGACCUUCAACCAAGGCUCCAACGAGCCAGAACGCAUCUCCCCGCAGGCCCUCCGAGAAUCGAUCUUCGUCCUACAAGACCAGCUCCAACAACGCGAGACCCGCAUCGAAGAACUCGAAGCAGAAGUCGCCUCUGUCGACAAAGACGCACCCAACAAGAUCAAGGAAAAGGACACAGAGAUAACCUGGCUCCGCGAACUCCUCGGCGUCCGCAUCGACGACCUAACAGACAUAAUUAAGACAGUCUCCCAGCCAAACUUCAACCAACACGCCGUCCGCGACGCCGCAAUCCGCCUAAAAGCCAACCUGCAAAUGCAACAGCAAGAGCGCGAACGCGCACUAACAGGAGGCCACUCCUCGCCUCUCUCCCUCCCCUCAAUCUCAGACAUCGCCGCCUCACCCCGCGCCGCCUUGCCCCUCGCUGCGGCCGCGGCUUGGGGCAAUUGGCGCAAAUCCCGCGACGCGGCGAAUGGCUCGGCUGAGAAUACGCCGUCUAAAUCUAGCAAUGCAGGCGGAUUCCUCUCCGGGCUUUUGACGCCGCCUAGUUCGCAUGCGCGCUCUGCGCAUGCGCCGCAUGGGUCUGCGGCUGGGAGACCGGGUCGAGCUGCUCCAUCUCCGUCUACCUUUGAGACCCGGCCGUUGAGGGGACUCAAUUCUACGCCGCGCCGUGGGUCGACGCGUCAGGAGGUCCAGGCUCCGGUCGUUGAAUUGCCCAAGACACCCCUUUUGCUCCGUCGCUCGAGCUAUGAUCAUGACGCUGAGCCGGGGAAUUACGAGGAGGGCAGCUUUGCGGAUGAUGUUGAGAGUACGGUUGAUGGGGUUGUUUCUGAUUCGCCCAAGGAUGGACCGUUUGGGCCGCGGAUUACGUCUGAUGCGGAUGCGUUGGCUGAAAUCGGGGGUCUUGGUGAGGAUGAGGGUGAUGCUGAGGUCUUGGGCAUGGGUGAAUAUGAGGAUGAGGAUGAAGGCGAGGAGACGGAGACUGAGGUUGAAAAUGAGAUUCGGGCUCAGGCUGGGAUCUGA